GGGAACCGGCGGGGCCGGGGCUGGAGGUGCCCUGCCCGUGCCCGGCCUUUACCCGCGGAGCCGGCGGGGCCGGGGCGGGCGCAGCAGCGGGGGCCGCUCGGUGAGGCGGAAGAGGCGGCGGCUCCUUCCCGCUGCGGCCGGGGACACGGAGAAUGAAGGUAAUGCCCUGGAAGGAGCUGCCACCCACAGCUGGAAGGGAAAAACUGCCAGGGAAAAGUUGGGAAGAGGAGGCAGAUCUGGAAGAGCUGCACCUGCACCACGACUGAGCAGAACUUCUCGGACUUCCUCACUUUGCUCUAAGCCCAUGAAAUAGGAGAAGCCAGGAAGAUGCCCCAGCACUCGUGGAACAGAUUCUGAGGGGCACCAGCAGAUCCCAACCAUGGCACCGGUUCCGGUCAGUGCCUUGUACAUGAGACCCUUGAAAUGGAUUUUCCUGUUGCUGCUGGUGUUUUCCCUGGUAACCAUGUGGUACAUCACCUCCUCCUCCAACGCUGCCCUGGAGAGCAUCAACCUGCUCUACUUCUACGAGUACGAGCCCGUGUACCGGCAGCAGCGCCCGUUCUCGCUGCGCGAGCGCCCCAAGUGCGCCGACGUCGACCCCUUCCUGGUCAUCCUGGUGGCUUCCAGCCCCAGGGACGUGAAAGCCAGGCAGGCCAUCAGGAUCACGUGGGGCUCCCGGGAUUCCUGGUGGGGCCAGCGCGUCCUGACCCUGUUCCUGCUGGGGCGGGACACGCAGAGGGAGGACGGGGUGGCGGCGCUGUCGGUGGAGGACGAGAGCAUCCUCUACGGGGACAUCAUCCGCCAGGAUUUCACCGACACUUACGACAACCUCACCCUGAAGACCAUCAUGGCAUUCCAGUGGCUCUCCGAGUUCUGCUCCAACGCCAGGUUCUUCAUGAAGACCGACACCGAUGUCUUCAUCAACACUCCCAACCUGGUGAAGCUCCUGCUGCAGCUGAAUUCCUCGGAGAACGUCUUCACCGGGUAUCCCCUCAUCGACAACUUCGCCUACAGAGGCCUGGACAGAAGGAGGUACAUCUCCUAUCAGGAAUAUCCCUUCAGGCUGUAUCCUCCCUACUGCAGCGGGCUGGGAUACAUACUGGAUGGAAAACUGGCUCUGAGGACCUACGAGCUGAUGGGCCACGUCAAACCUCUGAAAUUUGAGGAUGUUUAUGUGGGAAUUUGCUUAAAUAUACUCAAAGUCAACGUCACUGUUCCAGAGGAUGCAGAACAGUUCUUUCUCUAUAAAAUCAGCUUUGAUAUCUGUAAGUACAGACAUCUGAUUGCAGUUCAUGGCCUUACAUCAAAUGAACUGGUCCAGUUUUGGCAGGAUUUGUCAUCUGACACUUCAAAAACUUGCCUUUGAUUGUGGAUUUAUUUAGAAACUUCUGUUUGGUGCGAGAGUGGCCUCUAGAGACGACUCUGACUGCUGGGGCAGCGUUUCUCGAGGGCAUUCCAAUGCUCUUCAGUAAAAACAGGGAUUCACAGAGCACUUUUCCAUGUGUGUACCCCACACCCAGAGGUUCCUUGGAACCCCCUGCCUCUGCUGCCUUUCCAUGUGCUCGGAGCAACCCUGGGAUUUCCCCCUGAAUCUUCUGGAAUGUACAAAACGCCACCAAGGGAAGGUGUUUAUGCCAAGAAAGCAGCUUUGAUUUGAAAUUCCUGCCUGGAUUGUUUUUAUUGUUUUAUUGCCACUCUCCAUUAUUUGUUCUCUGCCCAGCACGAAAUUGAACCCAACCCAAGGUUUUUUUUUGCCUGUGUAAUCCUUCUGAGAGUGUCACACCUUGGUAUUUAAAUGUGUCACCUCCACAACGCUUCCAGGAGUGUUCCCAGCCUGGGGAUCCUGUGGGAUCUGCAGGAGCUGAUGAGGAAUGCUGGAAAUGUGGUGCAAUUUGUGUGUCCACCUUCACUGGAAUGGCUUUGGUGUCUCUGCUGGUGUUCCCAGAUCAGGCAGAUGGAGCUCACGAGCAAUUUGGACAUCCCAAAAACAUUGGGAUCAUCAAUCCCCCCACCCCUGUGUGUGUGUGUGUGUGUGAUGCAUCCCAGGAGUUCUGGAACCCUGUGGGGAAGAUGAAGAAUCAUUUCUGUUGUGAUUUAUGUCUGUUUCUAAAUGAGUAUUUUUGUUCCAAUUUUAAAAUCAGCAAAGGCAGGAAUUCCCCCACCUCUAAAGAAGACCAGCUCCACCCUGUGUGUAAAGACCGGUUUUUAAUCACUUUAUUCAUAUCAGCAAGGCCCAGUUUUCAGUAGUUUACACUUCUAAUGGACAACGAUACAGAAUUUGCAAUUGCAUGAACAUAAUUAACCUGGACACAUCCACUACACGGGGGAGGGACUGCGGAGACGUCCUGGCCGCGCUCCCGUUGGGCUGGCACAACCCCAGGGCCCCGUGGUGGCUUGGGGACAGAGCCCAGGGGCUGGGACAGAGCCCAGGGGCUGGGACAGAGCCCAGGGACAGGGACAGAGCCCAGGGACAGGGACAGAGCCCAGGGGCUGGGACAGAGCCCAGGGACAGGGACAGAGCCCAGGAGCUCGGCUGAGGCUCCCCUGUGCCCCCAGCACGCCGGGCUCCACGGGCAGCGCCGCCUUUCGCUCCGCUCCACACCUGGCCUGGGCGUGCGAUUUGAGGAUGGGCUCGUGUUCUUUAGGGAUCAAAAGGUCUUGGGGACAACACUCUCCAGACAAGGGUUUCAAAUGUUGGUGUUCUGAUGGGGAGGAGAUUUUAAAAAAUGAAGGCUUUUUGUUUUUUUUAGGGGUGGGGGAAAUACGGUAUUGCAUAAUUGAGGGAAUCGAUGCUCUUGUAUUCCUAGAUCCGGGUGAAAUUCCAGCUGUGCCGUGGGUUUAGGAGCUGGGAUUUGAUCGUUCUCUGAGCAGGUGCUGGGAGAACUGCCUUGUUCUGUGAUUGUUUACACAUCUUAAACCCCAAACCCCUCCGUUUUCCUCUAAGCCUGCCAUGUGAAAUGAUGAGAAAUAAAUUAUUUACCACAAGAA